UGCAUCUUCUUCUUCUGCAUAACACUCGUGUAGCUUGGGUUCUUCAAACUGGUUUAAAAACUCGUUCUAGUUUAAGACAUCGAUGUCUGGUGGUGAAAAUGUCUCAUUCGCUGAACACGAGGUUCUGAAAGGAAAGCACGAGGCUUUGUUGAGAGAGCAUGAAACCUCAAUCUCAACAAUCGAGCUUCUCGAGAAGAAGCUGAAAGAGGCGUUGCUGGUUGAGCAAAAGGGUGAGUAUUGGGAGAAGAAGUAUCUUGAACUGCUGAAGAAGCUAGAGACCGUUGAGAACAAUAUCAAAGACUUGAUGUAUUCUGAAGUGGCUGGUGAGAAUCCAGGGACUGCAGCACUUGGAGAGGAUCGUAAAGUUGUGAUUGUGCUCAGUGAUGACGAUGAAGGGGACGGAAGCGAGAACAGUGGAGGAGAUAGUGACUCUGAGAACCAAGAAAAUUUAUCUUUCUAUCUUUGAUCAAGAAUCAUUUUAGGAGAUGGAGAAAUAGAGUAGUAAGUUGGUUGUUUAGUUAUGACUAUGAAUCUCCGAUGUGUUGUUGUUGUUUAUGGCUUUCGGAGUUAGGAUGUUAAGAGAUGGAAGUUUGUAUGUUCAGUGGAUUUUUAGCCUAACAAAAAGUUGCAAGAGAAGCAGCUUCCAUCCUCAAAACUAUGUUCAGACUGUUCUAGUUAUAGCAGUUAAAGAAGAGAUGAGAUCAAGAAGCUCUGUUUUUAUGCUAGUGUUUGAAUCUAUUAGGCUGUGUUCUUUAAGAGACAUCAUCAGAUGGUAGUUUACAGUUUUUGUAAAUUCUUCACAUUUCAUUCGGAAUGGAAGACUCUGCGGCUCCAUUUUUGAGUUUGGGUUUAGGCUCAAGACUGGCUCGGCGGUUUCACGUUCUAUUCUUAAUCACCUUUUGUUAAAUCUUGUCUUUACUUUAGUUCUAUUUUAUUUCAUCCAACGCCUAGUUUUUAUUUCAUUUUAAUUUGUUA